AUGCUGCCUUCGUUUCAGGAGUCCGUCGAUGGGGACGAGAGGGAACUGGAGAGCAGCGAGGAGGGGCCGGGUGGCCUUUCGGACGAGCGGAAACUGGAGCGCAGCAACAGCAGCUACUACUGUCUGUACGGCUACCAAGGCUGCAGGCUGUACCAGGGUGGAGACAGUGAUGAUGGAAGCCCAAGCAGUACAGUGGAUGAAACGCCCUCUUCGGAUGACUUCAGCCUCUCUGUGGUGGACACUAACUUGCCAGCUGAAGCAGAGACCGAAUUGCACAGUUUUAUUGCCAAGCAUCUUGCUAAGGGAGCCUUUUUUGAAGGGAUGGGCAACGUUGCAUCCGUAGAGCUGAGUAUACCAGAAAGCCGAGUUGGUUGUUAUUACUGCCUGCUCCAGCCAGAAAAACAUGCAGAAACGGCAAGCUCAGAAUCAAGUAUAUGUCCCCUAGACUAUGUUGUCUGCUUUUUGGGAGGCUCAGAAAAGGGGCUUGAACUAUUCAGACUUGAGCUGGACAGAUAUACGCAAGACUUGAAGAUUAACCUCGACAUCGAGCCUCAUAAUCUGGAGACGUGUGUUCAGCCCCUUCUUAGAACUUGGUUUGAGGACUGUGUGUGCCCUAUUCAGAGGGUAGUACAGCUCUUCCAGGAGAAACUGGCCUUUGUGUUGCAUGCUGCUCUGAGUUACACUCCAGUGGAAGUCAAAGAGUCAGAUGGAAGGACAAAGAAGGACAUUAACAGGUUCCUUAGAGCUGCAAGCCUUCAAGGUCUUGUUCAGGAAGCCACAAUGACAUCCUUAUCCAUAGCAAUGAACGAGGAACAGUGCAAAUCAGCAGUCAUAGACUGCAGUGGGCCACAACCGCAGUUCCAUAAUGCAGGCAGUAACAAAUUUUGUGAAGAAUGGACACAGGCGUUUCUGAAUAGUUCUGAAGGGGGAAACCCAUUUCUCUUCCAGCAAAUAUUGGAGAACUUUAAAUUGAAGGCCAUACAAGACAUCAACAAUCUGAAGCGGUUCAUCCAGCAGGCAGAGAUGAACCACUACGCUUUGUUCAAGUGCUACUUGUUUCUGAAGAACUGCGGGAGUGGAGAUGUCCUCUUGAAGAUUGUCAAAGUGGAGCACACAGAGAUGCAAGAAGCCAAAAAUGUAAUAACUGUCCUCGAAGAGUUUAUGAGAGAGUCAGCUGUGGCCUAA